AUGUGCGACGUUUGUUCUACGUUCUACUGCGUGGGAAACCAGGGGACGUUCCGCAAGCGUAUUGGGCACAAGCUCGAGGGCUAGCCAAAUGACCUUUCCCAUGUUGUACUGGUACAACUUUGGACAAGCUGCGAAGCAUACUUCUUAAGCCCACUACCUAGGAUCCCACCUUGCCUCGCCUUCUUUCCACAUGACUAGUCUCUAACUAACAAGUUCGUCUGAGUCUUGCGGGACAUGGCAAUACCGGAACAUCGCAUAUUUUGCAAUGGGUGUUCAGGGCCGAUCCACAACCAGCUCCCAAUUUACUGUACAGUACAAGUACAAGCUGGUGCAAGUACACCCUUUGAGUUCAACGCCACAACCUUCUCACGCACGGGUCACCUUCCUCAUCUUCUCCGUCCACUUUCGCAACCUCUUCCUCAUCCUCAUCCUCAUCCUCAUCCUUUCCCCCCUCCUCGGCCCCGCACCCAACCCCCUCCAUACCCUCCAUACCCUCACGUGCGCUGCCUCAUCUCAGUCCCUCGCUUGCACGAGCCCCUUUUUCCCCUCGCACGGCAUGAGCCAGGUUCUCCCAGGGACAUGGUUCGGGAAGGAAGGGGAUUAACCCGAAGGGGCUUAAAUUCUCCGCGAAUGCAAGGUUUGCAGGCGUCCGGGAUGCAAGCCGGGCGAGCGUGCGAUCCAAGCAACGGGCCGGGGCCGCAGCCAAUAGGGGGGCGCAUCACAAAUUGUGACGGGCCCCUGAAAUAGACGACCUGGGAGGGAGCUGGGAAGAGAGCUCCCCGCCGGCAGCGGGCAGCGGGCAGCGCCGUUGGAGGAGGCCAUGGCCCAUGGAGGAGGCCAAGAUUAGGGCCAAUUUGGCGGCCGUGGGCCUGCACGGGCGGACUAGUGAAAAG